UCUUAUUACGUCUUUCGAAUCUCAGCUAAGGGACAAGUUUAUGAAUUUUUAAUCGCAAAAGUACCGAGAUCAUGAGUUUUUUCUACUUAAAUUCAAUUUUAAAAACAAAUUAAAAUUGUAUCAUCAAUUAGAAAAAAAAGAGAUACGCACACGAUGCUUCAAUUUCUGAAAAAGUCAGCCACUGUCAGGAAAAAAUCCGGAAUCGGCAUAAUUCCGUCAUCUGAAGACAGUAUAGACAUUGAUGCAAUUACUAUCUGCCACAGUGAUGUUACCACUGAUGAAGAAGCUCUUGCGGAAGCCGAGAAGUACUAUAUGGAACAGCAUCCGGACACUGCAGAGAUGAAAUCGCGGUUGUCGCGGAAUCUAAUGGAUAUUUUAGCCGAACAAAGCUGUUUUUGCUAUUUUGUGCAGUUUUUGGAGACCAAAGAAGCGCUUCCUUUGAUCAAGUUUUGGUUGGAUGUAGAGAGCUUUAAAGCAGCUGCAUUGGAAAGCCUGAAAUCGGCGAACAAGAACGAAAUCUUUGGUAAAUCUGUCAAUCGUCGAACACUAGAUCGUAGCGUUUCUUCCGAUGGAUUCGACAGUUUAUCAUUGCGCAGCGUGGACUGUGAUUCGAUAUCCACGUUUUCGGAAAAUGUUUUCGAUGAAGGUACAGGAAUUUCGACCAUGGCCAUGACAGACCCUGAAAGUGAUCGAACAUCGGGUGCUUGUACUCCUUGUACGAUUCCACUGGAAGUAGUCGUUGAAGAAGACAAAAAACCGGAACCUUCCAUGUACGAAGACAAUGACGAUCGAAAACGUAUCAUCGAUAUGCGCGAUUUAGCGUUGCGCCAAUCUUUGACGGAUGACGAAAAGACGCAUAUUUUUGAAAAGAACAAAUUAAAACUGGAAGAACCUAAGAAAUCGACGAGUGGUUACAAUUCGCUAAUUGAUUCGGAUGCGGUUCGAAUUUAUCGAAAAUACUUGAUAAGUAAUUCGCCUUACCAUAUCGAAGUGCCAGCAACGGUUUUGUCCAGCAUAUCCUUGGCACUGUGUGGUGGGACAUGCAGCGAACGAAUCUUCGAAACAGCUCAACAAUAUUUGUUGGAAGUGUUGGAGCGAAAUUAUCUCAAUGAAUUUCUCAACAGUGGAUUUUAUUUGAAGUAUACUUUUGAGGUUCUAUCCAGCAAUUCUCUUGGGCUGAGAGAUAUUCUGUGCAGUGAAAUGGCACUAUUUUAUUUUAUGGAGUUCCUGGAGCAAAAGAACAAGCGACACAUUUUGGAAUUUUGUGUUACGGCGAGCCACUUUCGGAAAAGUGCCGAAGGUACUCAGAGUCAGGCUGAUGCGUUGGUGCUAUACGAGAAGUACUUUUCGCUUCAAGCGACAUGUCCAUUAAAUUUGAGUGAUAAAGUUCGAUUUUUACUUGAAGAGAACAUAUGUUCUCAAGACACGACCACUAUUAAAAACUGUUUUGAGCUACCUUCAAGAAUUAUUGAACGAUUCCUGGAAAGGCGAUAUUUUCAGGAAUUUUUGAAAUCUUCUCUGUACAAAAAUUAUCUAUCGGAGCUGCUAGGAAGAAUUAAAAUAACUGCUUCGGGCGAGACAACGAGCAAUUAUAUGGGAAUUUUAGCCGGCCCAAAACAAGUAUUUAUGACUGAUCGUACAAACACUCCCGGACAUAAACGGGGCCAUCGCAAGACCUAUUCCGAUGUUACAAACGAUAGUACUAACAGAUCGAAACAUUCCUCUUUUGUUUCAUCUCAAAACACAUUAUUGGCGAUGUCGGAUGCAAAUUUCCACAGAAAGCGCCCUACUUCGGUUGGCUGUGGCUCAACUUCUACCGGUACUGACAUUAUGCAAAUCGAUUCCCGUCAACUGUACAAUCCGGAUUUGCUUUGGAAACGAAAUUCUGCAUCGGGACUAACAUUUGGAAGGGUUGAUGCACUUGGGAGAUACGAGCGAGACUCGGAUAUUGCUGAACCACCUCAGGGUGACGACCGAUGGAGCAAGAACAGACUCAAAAGAGCAAUGCGAAAGCUGGUUAAUCUUCCCGAAGACAAAGCACAAGAAGAACUAGCAUGGCAGGUGGCCGAAAUGAUUGUCAACGAUAUUACCAGCAUUACGAUGAACCAUGGAACAGAAGACGCACACGAGACGUGAUUGUGGCGAAAUAACGAACUUUUGCCAAUAUCUCAAAGAACAGUCAAAGUUCGAGGAAGAGUGAUUCAACCGUACGUACGUAUUAUUUUCGUUCUAGGGAGAAAACAGUAUUUACUAUCCUACUUGGAGUUAUUUUCUACAUUACCGUAUAUUAAAUAUUCAAUUUUUGAUUCUUUAUUUUAAAGAUUCUAUAUUCGUUUUGUUUUGUUAGUUUGUUUUAGGUUGUAUUUAAAUUUGAAAACACGUACAAUUCAAUAUCGAUAAAAAGAGAUAUGAGCAUUUAGACAUUUUACUCAUACAUUCUUACUAUACUCUCUCUUAUUAGCAAAUGUCUGAAACUCUAUGGUGCUUGAAGAAUUGAACAAUAUAUGACCGGGUUUUUCAAUUAUUGAAACGCAAUUUGAUGAACUAAGUAAAAGAUACUGUCUCUCGAAUACAGAUCAAUCUGGUUUAUUUCGAUUACGCAUAGGGGUAGGAAGUAAACAAAUUUAAGACUUAUCGGUGAAAUGGAAUAAAAUCAAACGGUAAUUCAUAUCGGAAACAUUUAAAGAACGCAAGCAGAAUUAGGAAAAUCAAAAAAAGAAAUAAUGAUUGUAUCUUCGAACAGAUUUUUGUAAGCUAUCUCCAUUUCGUAGGUUUAUUAUUAGUCUGUGCCGACUGCUAUGUACUAAUAUAUAAAACGAGAAAGAUUAAUAAAACAUAUAAUGUA